GCCAAGUUGAACUGAUCUCAAGAGUAAUAUUGUACACAGUCAGGUUGUCUGACAUGUAUUUACAGGUCUUUUACAGGCCUUUAAUAGGCAUUCUUAUUUUAGCCGGUUCUAGGUCAGCCUGUGAAUACUCGCCAGGCAUAUGCGGGGCCUGGGCAGAUGGGGAUAUACGGAUUGGGGUGCUCAAUUCCUGUCAUUCCAAAGUACAGACGCUACAGGUGCGGGAACGUCCAGAAAAAUACAACUGCACAGAAUUAAAUCUCCUUUCACUUGUAAGGAUUCUAGCUGUUGUGCAUACUAUUGAAACAAUCAAUAACUCCAGCUACCUUCCGGGUGUGCGACUGGGCUACUACAUCUGUGACACCUGCUCUGAUGCCUCUAAAGCCAUUCAGAGCACCGAGCAGCUGCUGGCCGUGAAUGGCACACUGUCUGUCCAAUGUGAGGUGCUUGAAAGGCCUAAUGUAAAAGCAAUCAUUGGAGCACGCUUCUCGGAAGACUCCCUAGCAGUGGCUCGUCUUCUGAGUCUAUACAUGGUCCCACAGAUAAGCACAACAUCAUCUGCACAAACGCUUAGUGAUAGGGUACGAUAUCCAGCAUUCCUACGUACCAUUCCCAGUGAUGUUCACCAAACCAAAGCUCUGGCUAAUUUCAUGAAACACUUUCACUGGGACUGGGUUGGGGUGGUCUAUGGGGAUGAUGAUUAUGGGAAAAAUGCCUUGCAAAGCUUCUUGGCAGAUGCAGAAAAUGUAGAUAUCUGCCAAGCUUUUAAAGAAGUAUUGCCUCAUUACCUAGCUCACGAUGAAAUCGAAAAAAGGAUCCAAGAGGUGGCGGAAACAAUCCUCUCAUCUGAAGCUAAAGUUGUGUUACUUAUCCUAAAGGAAGAGCUGGUCUCUAAACUCUUCAAGGAGAUGAUUCGGCAGAACAUCUCACGUACUUGGAUUGCAAGUGAUGCUUGGUCAAUGUCACGAAAUAUAUCGCGAAUGGAUGGAAUCAAUCAAUUAGGUGACAUUUUUGGGUUCACAUUCAUCACUGGCCCUAAUCCUGGUUUUAAGGAGUUUCUGCAUCAGCUGACUCUUGCUCCGGGCUCGGUAAACCUCUUCCUUGAGGAGUAUAAGCAGUUAGGGAAAGACACAGGUUUUCUGACGGAAGCUGUCGACAUCAGCACAACCUAUGGCGAAAGGUUAGCUGUAUGGUCCAUUGCUCAUGCUUUGAAACGUCUUCUAAACUGCAGUGAAACUGAUUGCCCUGGAGAAAGGGACUUUCCACCAUGGAAGCUUCUCAAGGAACUGAAAAAUCUCAGUUUUACUAUGGACAAUCAGACAUUCUAUUUCAAUGCAUCUGGAAAUUUCAUGAACGGCUAUGAUUUAAUUAACUGGCAACCACAAGAAUCAACUGGCCAGAGACGCUUUGUUGUUGUUGGAAAUUACAAUCUGACGGAAAAAGAAGUUAACAUUAAGGCACCCAUAUCAUGGAGUAAUCCAAGCAAUACGGUUCCUAUUUCAAUGUGCUCUGAUAUUUGCCCUCCUGGUACAGCAAAGAAACUUCUCAAAACAUCAUGCUGCCACAAUUGCACAAAAUGUUUAGAGGGUACUUACUCUAAUGAAACAAACUUACCAAAUUGCCUCCCUUGUGAAAAUGGUACCUGGUCUUUGAAAGGAUUGACUUCGUGUAAGCCAAAGGAAGAGGACUAUUGGAAAUGGGAUGGGCCCCAUGCAAUAGUUCUGCUUACAUUUACUGCAUUAGGUUAUCUGUUGUUGUUCUUCUCCCUGAUUAUCUUCUUGGUCUUUUUUGGAGAACCUGUCAUGAAACAGGCAGGGGGAAUGAUGUGUUUUGUAAUCAUGGCAGGGUUAGCACUCAGCUAUACUAGUGUCAUACUGUUUAUUGGCAAACCCAACGUUCACAUUUGCAGGGGUCGACAGAUCUUAUAUGCCUUAGGGUUCUCACUCGCAGUCUCGUGUAUUUUGGUUAAAGCUCUACGCACCUUUGCAACCUUUCUUCCACCGUAUCGCCUGAAGCGUAUAAAAAGUUUUUACAACCCCCCUGUCAUUAUAACCUGUGGUACCCUCAUUCAAGUCCUCAUCUGUAUCUUCUGGAUGAUAUUUGAUUCUCCAGUUGUGGAGACCUUUCAGUCUGACCAAAGCAUGUUGAUUACUGUACAGUGCAAUGAAGGUUCUGGCAUUGGAUUUGCCAUCAUGCUUUGCUAUAUCGCAUUGCUGGCUUUUAUCUGCUUUUCGUUGGCCUUUAAAGGGAGAAAAGUACCUCAGCGUUUCAAUGAGACCGGACACAUCAUCCUAAGCAUGCUAGUCUACCUUUUUGUGUGGGUCUGUUUCACCCCUGUGUACAUUGCUAAGAUCAAUGAGCGCUAUUCAAUUCAAGCAGCUGCUAUCUUAGUGUCAUGUUAUGGAAUUAUUUUCUGUCACUUUGCACCCAAGUGGUACAUGGCUCUCUGCAAGAAGAAAGAAGAGAUUAGUCGAGAGGCAUAUAUAGCAAAAGCCAGUAAUCACAUCAUCAUCGACUCAAUUGAUUUUAUUCCAGAGAUAACAGCAGAACCUAAUUUUAUAAUGGGAUCACAAAAUACCAUUAACUCAGUUGAUACUGGUUUGGGUUCAAUUCAGUUGACAAGGAAAGAGUUACAUCAAGAUAACAACAUAUACAAUAUGGAAUUUCCUUACCAGACAAUAAGGAAAAGACCUAGGAGAAAAUCCAUUUGAUAAGUAAUGUUAAAAGGGUCAUAUCAUUAAGAAUCUAAUCUGCCUUGAUCUUUUGAAAUAAAAGUGCUUGAUGUUCUUUGAAAACUAAAUACAGGGGUGCCCAAUCCUGUGGGGGGUGCCUGACCAGAAGUGACAGGACCCUCUAGCAGCAGGAUUGGACACUUCUGACAUACUACAACUUUCAGAAUGCAAAACAUCCUCCCAAGUUCAAAAUAAGCAUUGAAUCCCAGCUGCAAAAUGUUAUGAAUUUAAAAAAUGCAUGACCUUUUAAAAAUAUUUGUUUCUUUGAGACAUAUUAAUGAUAAAAGAAAUAGUAAAUAUUUUCUUUUCUGUGAUGUAAAAUAGUCUCUUAUGACUAACUGAAAAGUACAAAGUAUUGUAUGUAUUUUUUAUUGUAUGACAUAUACUCUUUAGUAGAUCACUGCUGACAUUAUUAUUUUGUAAAUUAUUAAUUAGUAAAUGGGCAAGUCAAUAAAAAAAUUAACAAAAUUCUUUGGUGUAAUUGGUGCCACUUAAAUAAAUCUUAUACAUUAUAUACAUGCAUAAAAAUCUUAUAUCUCAUAUUUCAGAUUUAAUAUAAAAAGACACAAAUGUACAAAUAUGUUAAUGCAAGCAGGGUGCUGUGAUCCUGUGUGUGUUGUGUUUUGUAAUUCCUUACAUGUGUUGUGAUGUGCAAUUGUGAAUUGUGUUCUAUGAAUGCAAAAUAACAUUUACCAACAUAAAUAAUAGAAUAGUAUAUGCAACUUGUAAUAUGUGGAAUGUCAAUAUGUUUUUUGUUUUUAGAAAAUAGUGAAAAAAUUAAUGUAAACAUUUUGCAAUAUUACUGUAUAUAUAAUACAAUGCCCCUCUAAAGUCCUAUUAAAAUGUUUAAAAAAAAUUAUCUGGUGCACACUGGAUUCUUUAUCCAAUAGCUGGUGUUGAUCUCUUCUGCUUAAAGGGAUAGUUCACCCAAAAAUGAAAAUUUGUCAUCAUUUGCUCACCCUCAUGUUGUUCCAAACCUUUGUUUUUUUCUUCUGUUGAACACAAAAGAAAUUAUUUUAAAGAAUGUUAUAACCAGACAGUUUACGGGAGCCAUUGACUUCCAUAGUAUUUUUGUCCUACUAUGGUAGUUGAUAGUUGGAUGAACUAUCCCUUUAAGCAAGACGCUUUGCUGGCAUUCCCCUCUCUAGCAUUGACGUCAGAACACCAAUCAGCAGCUAGGGCUGAAUACAGGUUUUUGUGCCACUGUGCUAUUACAACAGUAUAAUAAAUGUUAUUAUUAUCACUGGAUUUAUUAAAAUGUUUGAUGUCUUGUUUAAAACAAUGUGUCACAAUAA